UCAUCAUCUCAAAAGUUUUUCUUUUGGAUGCAAGAUGCUAAAGAUGAUAAGGAUGAAGAGAACGUCAACAAAGUAAAUAGGUUACUUAAUGACCCACACGGAGCGUUAGCAGAAAGUAGACAGCAAAAUAGUAGUAGUACAAGUCAACUCGGCGGCCAAUGGGCAAUGGAUCAAGAUCAGUUGAUGCAAUUAUUUCAGAGUCAAGGACCGUUUGGGUUGGUUAGAUUAGAAAAUAUUGGUUUAUACUAUAUUUUGGAUAAAAUAUAUAUUCUAAUAUCUGUUGAUUAUAGCCUCCCCAUUCCAUCAACUACACCUGCAAGUGAACCUCAACCAAUCGCGGCUACAACAUCGGAAGCAGGUUCUGGCGCACGGUCUGAACAUACUGUUACUCCGGAGCAAUUGGGAAAUUUAAGAGAUAUUUUGUCGGGAAUUCAAAUGUCAGCUUUGUUCCCUCAUCUGCCUCCGAAUAUAAACCGAACACCUGAGGAAUUACGAGAAGUUAUUCAAAGCCCGCAAUUUGCUCAGGCAUUACAAUCCUUAAGCAUUGCCUUGCAGUCUGGACAACUGGGACCCCUUCUUACUCAAUUAGGAUUAGAUCCUUCAGCUGGUAAUGGUGUUGAAGCAUUUCUUCGUGCUAUCCAAGAGCAAGCUUCUAGACGUCAAGAACAUCACGAAGAGGAUAAUGCCGAUGAACAAAGUGGUGAUCGGAUGGAGGAAGAUUGA